CGUUGCCAGAGCGUCAUGUCGUCAUAAAGACGUAGUGAGACGUUAUGCAUACACGUCACUCCAGAGUGGUUGUUUAUUGUCUGAGGCAGAGCUAACAGCUAACAGCUAACAGUCAGCAGGUAAGAAAGACAAUCAAACUUAAAAAUCAGUCAAUAUCUGAGUGGAUCAAAAUAUCGAUAUUAUCAGGGGAGAGAGAUUAAAGAUAACGUCCUCGUGGAGACCGGAAACGUUGGACAAAGUAGCGCCAAGUAAUCGGCCAGGUUAGCAUGCUAACGUUAGCAGAUGAUGAAGGUUUGACUUCAGAUUAAAAUCUGUUUUUAUUAAAAAUCUGUUUUUAUUGAAACUGUUUCUAGAACAUUUUCGUGUUUUCUCUGAGUUGGUUUGUUCCUCUGACUGUCAGAGACUCUCAGUGUUUUUAUAGGAGGAUGUUAGAAAGAAGAAGAACAAAGAAAACAGGCUGUUUGUCAGUUAAAUUAUUAUUAUUAUUAUUAUUAUUGUUGUUGUUGUUGUUUCACUCAUCAGCACUUUGACUGUCAGAUCAUUGAAUUAAAUCUAUAUUAGAUGGAGGCAGAGAACAGAGUUAGAUCAACUUUAUUAAAGAAAAAAGUCUAAAACAUAAAAACAAAAUGACUGUAAAGAUGAAAUUAUUCUUGUGUCCCCCUUUAAUGUUGUGGACUAAAAAUGUGGAUUUCAUCUUAUUUAAAAUUAUUUUAUGAUCACUUGGAUGAAAAAGAGAAAGUUAGUCAGAAAUAUUUAGUGUCUUAUUCUGGUGUCGACGUUUUUGUUUUUUAUUGUUUUUGUUUUUAUUGUUGUUUUUGUUUUUAUUGUUGUUUUUGUUUUUUGUUGUUGUUGUUUUUAUUGUUUUUGUUGUUGUCGUUGUUUUGUAAAUCUUGCAGGCGGGAUGUUGCGGCUUCGCUGUAAGACCAAAAACGGGAGCCACAUCAUGCAGGGUCUGACUCAUCAGUCGUGCGUUCAGGAGCUGAAGACCAAGGUGGAGGAGCUGACCGGGAUCCCGUGUGACGUGCAGAAAAUCAUGGUUGGUUAUCCGCCAUCAAGCCUUGAUCUCCGAAACGGAGACGCUCACCUGAAGGACUAUCCCAUCAAAUCAGGUGAGUUUUCAACAGAAACAUCUCUGUUAGUUUUCUGAGAGGGUUCAUCCUUUAUUAGCGUCUAAAAUACUGAAACUUUCUGAUCUGAACGUUUGGAUCUAAAGUCCAAACGGAUGGAUGAGUGUGGUCUGAAAUCAUGACUCAGAGGUGGGAGGAGACAGCUUCAUAAAGCUUAGUUUGUUAAAAUACAGGAAAACACUGUUAGACAUCCAUAACAGUAGAGCGGCGCUGACCUGACUCCGCCCACGCUGAACCCUGCUGUGCUGUCCUCCUCUGCAGGAGACACUCUCAUCGUGGAAGAAGAAAAGAACAAACCAAAGCCUCAGGAUCAUCCCACUGUGACCAAAGCGCCGCGCCUCGACGCCUCACCUGUGCUGGCACGCCGCGUUGUCCCUGCUGAUAACUCCUGCCUCUUCACCAGUGUGUAUUACGUCGUGGAAGGGGGCGUGUACGAACCCUCUUGUGCCCCUGAGAUGCGAGGCCUCAUCGCCCAGAUCGUGUCUAGCGACCCCACGGCGUACUCUGAGGCGGUGCUGGGAAAGACCAACGAGGAGUACUGCUCAUGGAUACGGCGUGAUGACACCUGGGGAGGAGCCAUCGAGGUGUCCAUCCUCUCCAAGUUUUACCAGUGUGAGAUCUGCGUGGUGGACACUCAGACGGUACGAGUGGAUCGAUUCGGGGAGGACGCCGGCUACCACAAACGCGUGCUUCUGAUCUACGACGGCAUCCACUACGACCCUCUGCAGAAGGAAACGCCCGGCUCGGACGUCCCGCCCCAAACGAUCUUCUCCACUACGGACGACGUUAUCUUGGCGCAGGCGCUGGAGCUGGCAGACGAGGCUCGCCGAAAACGCCAGUUCACGGACGUUAAUCGCUUUGCUCUACGCUGCAUGGUGUGCCAGACGGGCCUUGUGGGACAGAAGGAAGCCCGUGAGCACGCCAAGGAGACGGGCCACACCAACUUUGGCGAAGUGUGACCCGCAUCAUUUCGUCUUUUUCCUCUCACUGAUACAACCACCACCAACCCCGUGCCCCACAUGUGGCGACUCUGUUGGUCUUUCUGUCGAUCUGCUUGUGUGAUCCUCUACCUCACAUUGUCCAGCGACAUCUCCGGAGAAUCUGCAGAAACUCUCCGCUUCAGUAUUACUUCUUAAACUGCUGUCAGUCAGAAACACGACUGCAGAGCUCGAUGUCAUCAAACCAUCAUUUCAGUCUGUCAGGGACGGUAACAAAAGCGUAAAACAGGGUCGAGUAAAACAUGCAAAUAAUUCUUAGUUUGUUGUCGUCAGUGCCGGACCUUCAUGAUGAACCAAAUAAUGACUCCAGGGCUUCAGCGAUCACUGCAGAUAUGAAAAUCAUUAAAGUUACUCAUUAAUCAUCGGCUGCUAAACGAUGAAACAUCUCCUGUCAACUUCUUCUGAGUGUUUCAGCCUCAUUUUAAUUUAAGGAGAGGUGUUUUUGUUUUAAAUGGAGUUGUACGAGGUGCUUGCCUGGAGUAUCACUCACAGGGGAUCCUGCUCAGCUCAGGAAGACAACAAACCAAGAACCCAAGCUAGGCUGACCCAAAACCUGAAGACAGUCCCAGUGUUUCCAGGCUGAAUGUUGAAUUUUGACCUUUUUAUUAUAUACAUAUAUAAAGUGUAAACGUGGCACAAAGAGUUGAUAAAAAAGGGUUCGAGCUCAAACAGGCUGAUACACUGAUACAUGAACAUUCAUUCAACACUUUAGAAAGUCUCAGUACGACUGACAAAUGGUAAUUAAACACACUGUAAAAAAUCAAAACUGUUCAAGUCUUUGGGGCUUUUUUACUGACAGCUGUGAUGGUCCAAUCAGCUCCAUGAAGAGUCCACUGAAGGAGAGAUCCUGAGGAGUCACCUGCAGACCUCUCUGACUCUAAAUGACAGGAGAGUUGACCCGCCCUAAAGUGGUUGAUAGUUUAACUUCCACUCUGGUUCUGGGGCGAGUUUCUGAGCAAACGGGUCGAGCUGACUGGAAACCCCUGUGGGUUCUUACUGUGAGGAAGCACCUCAAACAACCUCAACAUCUCUGCCUUUAACCCUGAUGUGUUUGAGGGUCGUUCUUUAUUUGGUGUUUUUACUGGUUUCUGUCCGCCGGUGUGUUCGCACUUCAGCGGAGAGUUGGUUGGUAAGAAAAACUGGUAACAACCUCAAACCCUUGAGGGUUAUUUUCAGAGCGAGUGUGAAGGCUGUCUGCUCCAGCAUCAGUGAGUCCAAGACUCUGAACUCUCUGGAUGAACUUGAAGCUGCUGACUGAUGUGGUGGAGGUUCUCAAACGUUACUCUGGUUAAACGGGAGUGUUUGCUUUUUAAAACGACCACUAAGAAUUGUUUGCUCUCUGAGGUGAUCCUAUUCACUGUUGUCUUAAACGCAGCACACACAGUUUGACUGUUAUUCAUUAUGUUGGUUAUGUAGCAUGGUGUUUUUUUUGUUUUUUUAGUAUUUCCGUUACUUGACAGAAACUCUUCCAACUCUACAAAAUGAACUCUGUGUGGUGAAGGUUGAGCUUUAAACUACAUCGCUGUGACUUCAGUGACGAGCGGCUGCGAUUGAGGUUUAAAGUUGAGGUCCUGCAGUUUGAAAUUCUGAUUGUGAAACUGAUUUUUUUUCUUCUUUAUCAUUUUUGACGUUGCUUUAAGUUUUAUUAGUGGGUUAGUUUUGAAUAAGACAAAAAAAUACACAAAAAAAAAAGGUAAUGGUGCUGAUCAUAUAAUGUCCAUGGCUUGUUUUGGUCAUCUUCACUGAAAAACAAAGUUGUCAGGUGUGUAACUUUUGAACUCGAGUGUGUUUUUCUUUUUUAACUUCAUCAUGCUGAGUGAACAAAUCUUUUUAAAAGUACAGUGUGUCAUAAAUAAUUAUGAACAGAAAUGAAAUGAUUAUUGAUGAGUUUGUUUACAGAAGUGUGCAAACUUUAAAACUCGCUCAGAGCCGCCGUCGUGCACCGCCAUGUUUCUACAGAAGCACAGAACGGACAAACGAGUCAGAUUCUGAUGUUCUGUCCAAAAUGCGCACAGAAAAAGAGAGUGGUUGUUGUCAUUUGUAGUUCUGGACAUCUUUGAUGGUUAAAAACGGGUAAACUGAGGCACUCGUCAUGCAGCGUCUCGUCCUCGAGGGUCACUGUUGACACACCGACCCAGAGGGGUGAGCAUCUGAACCUAACACUCCUGUUUCUACACACUGCACCUUUAAGAAGUUUUUCCCUCUGAUUGAACAUUUCUGGAUAUUUUCUAAAAACCACUAAAGCUAAAUUAUCAGACAGGAGUUCUCGGUAAAAUAAGGUGUUUUAUGUUUUGAAUCAUGAGUGGGAAAUGCUGUGGGAGUGAAUCCUGCUCACUAUGAUGUGUUCAUUUUUCAGGUCUGUACACUUCUCUGCUAAACAGUGUUAACCCUUUCAUAUUUUCAGCACAAAAGACAGUCAGGGUAUUUGAUCAAGAUCAAUGCAGAAGAGUCAUUUUAUUGAAUUUCUGUGCAUGUUGUCCAAAAACGGCCUUUUUCACACCGUAUGUGUUGCACAAUAGGAGCAUGUUGUCGAUAUCUGAACAGACUUUAGAGAAACUCCUGACCGGUGAGGCUGAAGCACGCACUCGUGUUACACCACGGCUCAGAAAUGUACGACUCAGUUUUUCAGUUUAUUGUGAAUAACUUCUUUUAUUGAACGUAUCUGUGUGGGCCAUAUUGUACUGAGUUCUUGCCAAAACGAGUGGGGGGCGUUACAGGGGUUUAGUUUGAUGGUCUGGGCUGAGACUGAGGCCAUGUUCGGACCGUUUGUUUGAAUGUGAAGUAGAUUUUCUUCUUCCUCAUCCGUUCCUUUUUAACAGUGAUAAUAAUAAUAUUGGAUUAACAGCUUGCAUAAAAGUGAAACUAUGACAUGGCUUUGUUGUAUUUUGUAUUUUACCAAGUUCUCAUGGCUCUUCAAGGACAAUAACAAUGAAUGUUGCACACAAAGCACUACAGAAUAACUGGAUUUACUUGAUUUUUUCAGUGUUGUGUCACAAAUAAAAGUUAUUGACAAAGAUAAA